AUUAUUUUUAACUAUUGAGUACACUCACUACAAUGCAAUCCACCCACAAAAAUCCACCCACGUAGUACCAUGACUAGUUUUCCCUGUUUUCCAGUAUUUUCCUCUUUUCCAGUUCUGAGUUUCAAUAAUAAUAAUUUUCGUUAGCUGUAUUUAUGUUAUGAUAUCAUCAUCAUGGCUGAUGCGACAAUUGGCUGCAGAUUAGGUGAAGAUAAGUGGCUCGUCUCCAAUACCCUACCAUUCAUAUUCGAGCACUUGGAUACACCCGAUUUAUUAAGGUGUUCACUAGUUUGUAAAUUAUGGCACGAAGUAACACAAAAUCCAAUAUGUUGGAAAACUGUGCAAUUUAGUAAUAAUUGUAAUGUCAAGAUAGACAUAAGUGGCUUGCUUUAUAAUUUAGAGGCACAUAAGACGUUGCAUUUGAAAAUGGAAAAAGACUAUUGCGUAAGAAAGGAUCGUGUGAAUCUAACAAGAGCAACAAAACUAAAAACCUUGGAAAUUAGACAGUGUUCUACAAUGAUGCGUGAGGCCUUUCUUCAUGCCGCUAGACAGUUGGAGAGCAUCAAAAUAGAAAUGAUUCCUGGUGCGGUUUUACAUCCAUUCAAUAUAGAUUUUCUUGCUGGAAUGCCUCAUUUACGCGAACUUCGAUUAAGCCUCACAACAGAAACUGUCCAAGUCAGAGUCUUUCUAUUUGAUGUAGGAGAUCUCAGAGUUUUAUAUAUAUUGAAUGUAGAGGAUAUGUUUCGGGAGAGUACUAAAUUUAUUAAAUUUAAAAGAAAUGAGCUUGAAGUUCUAGCAUUAGGAAAUGUUGGCGAUAUGACAGAAUCUUACAUACCUUCUAUACUUCAGGCAUCUCCCGUUCUUAAAAAGUUGCGCCUUGAAUGUUGCUCACGUUGGAACCCACAUAAUUUUUUCCGAGCUAUUGGUCUAAUGAAGAACUUGACCUGUUUGGAGCUACUCGAUUUUAAAAUCAGUGAUGGUUUUGAAAAUAGUGUGAUAUUUUGUCCAAACAUUGAAGAACUAACUAUAAUGCCUAGUGUCGAUAGAUUUUACAUGGGCUUACUGAAUGCUCGUAUACUUAUGGCAGCCCAAAAUUUGGGUAAAAACAUAAAGAAAUUUACUUUGGGAUUUUCCAAGAGAUAUUUAUUGUACAUGUAUGAUAGGGUGGAGCAAAGAAAUGUAAUACCUUUACUCCGUUGCUACAGUGGUCCUAUUCAGAGGGAUCCGAUAUUUGAAUUAAGCAUAUUGCUAACCAUGGUUGAGGUGGAAGCAGAAUUGUCCAUUUUGAUGCCAACUGCUAAGGUACGAGUAAUUGAAUUGGAUUACGUGGGAAAUAUUUUUAAGUGAUUUUUGUGCUGUAAAGUUUACUUUUUUUUUUUAAAUUUAUACCGAAUAUAUAUUUAUUUUAUUCUAAAGCAUUGA